AUGACGCUUCAAUUGCUCUACAUUGUGGUCAACGCACUCGUGGACCUUCACGCGCACAGCCUCGUCCACGGGCACCUCUCGAGCUACAACGUCUUUUUGAGCCCGACAGAGUUUUUUCAAGUCGGUGUCCCCGGCACGUCGGUGACCGACGACGCGCUUCUCGGGUGGACGGCCCCGAGGUGCUCGCAGGCGACUCGCGACCACGACGACCUCGAAGACGAAGUUGCCAUGACGAUGGCCGUCGUUUACGGCGGCUUGCGCCCAGCGCUGCGCGACGACUGCGAGCAGUGGUACCGAGACCUCGUGGAUCGCUGCGUAGCCGCCAACCCGGCGCACCGCCCUACGGCAACGGACAUUAACGAUGGUCACUCUCGCGACACCGUGGCGGCGCUCACGACCAAGUACGCUGGCCGCGUACCCGCCAAGGACGUCAUCCUCCGCGAUGGCUACGCCACCGCCGACUACGUGGAGGAUUCCUGCCUCCUCGGCCAACUCGGCAUUGAGCAGGCGUGCAAUGAGUCCGGCGUCAUGUUCGACAUGACGCUGACGACGGCGUUCGAGGCACUUGACGGGUGCUUUCUCUCGUUCUACAGCACGUGUGACGUGGCCGUGGUGCCGAUCACGUCGGCGUCGACCAGGAGCUCCUCGCUUCCAGCCGUCGUGUGGUCGCGGCAAGACUCGCUGUGCAGUGAGCGCGUCGCCACGUGUGUGGACCUCGCCGUCGAGUAUUUGCAGCUGCUUCUCAAUUGGAGACGGCCACGAGGGCCCAACAAGGUCCCAUGA